AUGCCCUCCAACAACAAACGAAAGAAGAAACCUGCCUCUAAUCCCGCUAGGGGCUUCGCGACUGUUUCUGUACCCUCGAAACCAAAGUCGGUGGACUCAACGACCCCUGCAUCGACCGUUGAUUCCCGAUCAGUCACUGAGAGUGACCGGCCAACACCGGCAGAACCGAGCCAGCCACCUUCGGAGAAGCGAGAGCCUUCCUCCCUACAGAACUACUCGCCGGAGGAACUUGAGAAACAUUUGGAGAACGCAGAGUUGCAGCUGCUGGUUGAAAAGCUUGCUGCCAAAUGCAAGAACGAUGCCGCCCGCCAAGUCACAAAGCUCGAAACCGAGCGGAGGGUCUUGCGGCAACAGGCUGUAUCUCUGAAUCUCUUGGAGUGGCUUCCUAAAGAAGUGCAGGAAUUAAUUCUCAGCCUUGCCGAAGCGGAAGAACGCGAAAUCAGCCCUCCGUCUAGCUUGAAGAAGUCGAGCUCUGAGGAAGAGUUGUACAUGAGACUUUGGACAUUGCGGGAGACGCUCAUGAAACUUGGGUUCCCCGAAGUGAAAGUUGAGGAGGCGUUGAAACAUGUGCUGCUUUACUUGCCCGGUACAUCUACAAGUUCUAAUAGAGACGUGGUCCCGAACCUGGAUGAGUCUUUGGACUGGCUUGCCAUGCACUGCCUUCCCGCGGAACUACCAUCUUAUACACAGUCGAGCGCUCAAACACGCAAUGAGUCGGAACGACUCAUUUCUUUUAUCUCUGAGAGUCAGCCGACGGAAUCCUCGCCGUCAAAGGCAACGAAUGUUGACAACAAGCCGAAGAAGACGAGGAAUGUAAAGAUGAUCACUCCUGUCGCCUUAAGUCCCUACGACUCUGAUAGCUCUCUGGACCCUGACACGUUGCUUCCAAAAUUCCUGGAAUUGCAGACGAAGCUGUACGACCUGCGACCAGAAUUGUUCGAUCAGCCAAAGAAGGGCAAAAAAUCUGGUCAUGAGCAGGCAAAUGUCACCACAGAGGAUCCCCAAGUUGCGAGACUCCAGCGUAAACUUGCAAGCAUUGAGAAUGACGUGUUGUUUGACCGCGAUGAGGCCGAGUACCGGUGGAGGGAGAAGCUUGAUGACCUGAGGAGGGAAGCAGCAUUUUCCAGACGUGUUGCUCGCGACGAAGGAAAUGGUGCGCCUGUGGAACCCGAGGUCAGGAAGCCGGAUGAGACUGAGGCUGAGAAUGGCGCCGGGUUCAUGGACGACAACGGAGAUACAGCAGAUCUUCUUGGAGAUAUGUUCGACACUGAGGAGCCAAUCUUGGAGACUGGUAUUAUUACAGAAGAGCUCAAGAAAGCCUCCGUCACGAUGCGUGACUUCGGUAAAUGGACCGGGCUUAGUCCUCGACGGGUCCUGGAAGAGACGUGCAAGUCCAGGGAUACCGGAUGUACGAUUACUUAUAAAGACUUCUCACCCUCAUCACAUACGAAUCGAAAGGCCGUUGAAGUCAGGUGGUCGAAACCUCAAGACGUGCCUUUUCCCUUGGAAGUGGAUAUGGUCACACAUAAAUCGAACUCUUACACGACAUUUGUAUCAAUGGAGUCCGUAGCUACAUCCACCUCUCAACAGGCAGAGGCUUUCGUGUCUACGAUAGCUCUUUUCAUUCUAUUCCCGCAAAACUCGAAAGAAGGAAAAGCCUAUCUGCGACUGCCGGCCGUCUGGCGGGAUCUGUGGACUGAGUUGGCAGACGUCAAAAAGCUUCAGGAGGAGGAAGGUGACAAAAAGGUUGUCAAGGGCCUUAGGACGCUGAUUCAAGAGAACCAAGGUACCUUUGAAGACGAUGUUGUAUUGUCGGAUAAUUUCCGGCGGAGGAAUGGCGCAGCUGGCAAAGCAGAGUCGUCCGGGAGGGUCGGCUCCAGAGUCCAGGUGUCUGAUGAACAGCUGAAGAGAAUAUGGGCGGAGAAAUCCUCCACACCAUCCUUCCAACACAUGGUUCAGGGACGGAUGAACCUGCCGAUCUGGGAGUUCAAGGACGAAAUUCUCAACACGCUCGACACGCAUCGUGCCCUUAUUAUCUGCAGUGAGACAGGAAGUGGAAAAAGCACGCAGAUACCUUCGUUCAUCCUUGAGCAUGAAUUGAAACAAGGUCGUCCUUGCAAGAUCUAUGUGACGGAGCCUAGGAGGAUCUCUGCUAUAUCCCUGGCGCGCAGAGUCAGUGAGGAGCUUGGGGAGAGUAAGGCAGACGUUGGGACGGCCCGGUCUCUGAUUGGUUUUGCUGUUAGGCUGGAAAGCAAAGUUAGCCAAUCCACGAGACUGGUAUUUGCUACAACCGGAGUGGUAGUACGGAUGUUGGAGCGUCCCGACGACUUCCAGGACAUUACUCAUGUUGUUCUUGACGAGGUUCAUGAACGGUCCAUUGACAGCGAUUUUCUUCUGAUUGUGCUUCGGCGACUAAUGCAGAAACGGCCAGACUUGAAGUUGAUACUGAUGUCCGCUACUCUCGAGGCUCAACGUUUCUCUUCAUACCUCGGUGGCGUUCCUGUGCUGAAUAUACCUGGACGGACCUUCCCUGUCGAGAUGAAGUUCUUGGAGGAUGCGAUCGAGCUGACCAACUACCGCCUACUGGAAAACGAGGCGAACACUGUGAUUGAUGAAGAUGUGGACGAUACGCCGUCGGACAACGGGGAAGGCGAUACCGCUGGCGGCCUGCUAGCCAGUCUUGAAGGAUAUUCCAAGCAAACUCGCGAAACAGUACUCAGUUUCGACGAGUACCGCCUCGACUACCAGCUCAUCAAAAAUUUGCUAGUGAAACUCGCGUCGGCACCGGAGAUGGCACCCUACAGUAGAGCCAUCCUGGUGUUCAUGCCUGGCAUGGCGGAAAUUCGUCGUCUGAAUGAUGAGAUUCUCUCAGAUCCAAUUUUCCAGACAGGCUGGAUCGUACAUGCACUUCACUCUUCCAUUGCCAGCGAAGACCAGGAAAAGGCGUUUGUUGUGCCUCCCGAGGGCAUGAGAAAAAUUGUCAUUGCCACAAACAUUGCAGAAACAGGUAUCACCAUCCCGGAUAUCACAGCAGUCAUCGACGCUGGCAAGGAAAAGACGAUGCGGUUUGACGAAAGACGACAACUUUCAAGGCUCGUGGAGGCCUUUAUCUCGCGUGCCAAUGCAAAGCAACGCCGAGGAAGAGCUGGACGAGUGCAGAGCGGUAUCUGUUUCCACUUGUUCACCAAGCAUCGACAUGAUAAACUGCUCGCAGAGCAGCAGACGCCGGAGAUGCUUCGGCUAUCCUUGCAAGAUCUUGUACUGCGUGUCAAGAUCUGUAAACUCGGCGAAGUGGAGCAGACUCUCCUCGAAGGAUUGGAUCCACCAUCGUCCAAGAACAUACGCCGUGCGAUUGACUCGCUGAAAGAAGUCAAAGCUCUCACCAACUCGGAGAGCUUGACACCUCUGGGCAUGCAACUUGCCAAAUUGCCCCUGGAUGUCUUCCUCGGAAAGUUGAUCAUCCACGGCGUGUUCUUCAAGUGCCUAGACGCUUGCAUUAGCAUUGCCGCCAUUCUCUCAUCCAAAUCGCCGUUUGUCAAUACUAUGGGAUCCAACAACCAGAAAGAUCUUGCGAGGCUAUCAUUCAAGAAGGGCGAUUCCGACCUCCUGACUGUGUACAAUGCGUACUGCGCCUGGAGGCGCACGAGAAGUACGCCGGGGGCCAACGAGUAUGCCUUUUGCCGGAAGAACUUUCUCAGUUCGCAGACGCUUUUGAACAUCGAAGACAUCAAGAUGCAGCUCAUAGUCUCCCUUGCAGAUGCAGGGCUUCUCACUCUGGAUCCGACCCAAAAGACUAUGCUGAACAGAGCCCGAUCCGGCGGCCGCCAACGGCAAUUCUUCACCAUCCCCGAGGACUACGACACAAACAGCAGCAACGACGUCGUCGUCAACUCGGUCAUCGCCUGGAGCUUCUACCCGAAACUACUCACCCGCGAAGGCAAAGGCUGGCGCAACGUCGCCAACAACCAAUCCGUCACUCUGCACCCAACCUCCGUCAACAAGCACGCCGACGCCUCCCUGAAAUGGCUCUCCUACUACCACAUCAUGCAGGCCCGCAACAGGAACUACAACGCCUUUGAGACAAACGCCGUCGACGACUUUGCCAUUGCGCUGCUGUGCGGAGAGGCCGAGUUCAAGAUGUACUCUGGGAUUGUCUCCAUCGACGCAAACCGCAUCCGCUUCGCGGUCCGCGACUGGAAGGCCAUGCUCGCGCUGAAGAUCCUCAGUGCGCGGAUCCGGGAGAUCCUGGCGGGCACGGUCCGCGACCCGCAGAAGGUGCUGUCGUAUAAACAGCAGCAAUGGGUCGGGAUCUGGCAGCAGAUUUUCUCCCAGGCGGGGAAACGGAUGGCUGAGAAGCGGUAA